AUGUCGCGAGCUCAAGAGUCGGGGCAUGACAAUUUGGCUUCUAGCACCAAAAAACAGGGCUUCGGCAGUAGUUCCUUUGGGGAUGGCAAAGGUCAAGUGUUUGGUCAAGCACUUUGCGGGCCUGAUCCGGAUGGGAGUGCUUGUGGGGAUUACAUCGGGAUUGCGAGCCAAGAGAUCAUUAGCAAGUGCAAUAAGGCGGAUGUUGAUAUUUGGUAUGAUUAUUGCCAAAUAUCUUAUUCGUAUAGUAAUUUCUCCUCCACGAUGACUUACUUUGGAAAGUACCACGAUAGUAAUAAUCGGGAGAAGAACGUAUCGAAUCCGAAUGAGAUGAACACUAUCCUGAAAAAGUUGAUGAUCGGUCUCAUAAGUGAGGCCACAUCGGUUCCGUCGAUGUUUGCGGGGGGCGAGUCGAAAUUGUCGAGCUGA